GGGAGAGCGUACCGCCUCAGAGCCUCAAGCUGCCCUUCACAGCAAACGCAAAGCACUAGCGCUUGUUCGUCUUCCUCCUCCCCCGCUGCUGCUGCUUUCACCACUCUCGCAGACAACACAGCAGAGAGUGCAGUGAAUGAGGAGGGUGAAAAUAGGAACAUGGAAACCGAAAAAAAAGGAGCGAGAGGCAAACUGGGGGAAGGAUAUCAACACCAGAGCAUGUGAUCAAAAAGAAAGCUCGAGAGGAAACAAACAGGAAUAGAAGAAAAAGCAGAACUGUCCAACCACUGGCUCUCUACUUUCUCUUGCCAAAGGUAGAAGAAGCAGCACCGUUAGCAUGAAGCCUCGGGGGACAAUGCGCCAAGGAAGAUGGAGAGACUGCAACACUUCAGCUCCGACACAUGUCCCACUGACACAUGCAAACCUAGACACAUGCAUGUGGUAGAAAGCCACGCGUGAAUACCACAUUAUUCCGUGUUUUUUGGGCAACAGCCUCAUGUGGGUUGGGUUAAAGAAGAUUCGACGCACGAGGGGGAAACAAAUGGAGGAAGCACAAGCUGGUUGUGAUUGUGAUGUAGCUAUAGGCACACUGACCAAGAGGGCGAUGCAUCACAUUCAAGAACCAUGGCAGCCAGAGAGAGAUGAGGAUUCUAACGGGCAAUCACAUGACAUGCAACGGCAGAGCGGAAUAACAGCUGGCUUGUCAGACAAAUCAUUGUCUGGGAUUGCCAUGUGAUCAACAUAAAUGUGAAAUGAGAGAUCAACUCUUACCCCUUGAGCAAUCCGGCGGAUAAAUCAGCCUCCAGGGGUUCAGGACUUUUCAGAAGGCAAUCGGCUUUACAAACGCGACAACUGUGUGAGUGAUUCGGUCCAGUUGGAACCAUGCAGUGGAGACGGCGGCAUUGCUGUACGUACGCAGCUAACUUCCUCUAUCUCCUCUCACUGUUGGGCUUACUGGUGUUUCUGGUCCACCUGCCUAAGUUCACGGGUAUGCAGUGGUGGAGGGGUCACCCCGUGGUGUUCGGGGAUGGUGAACUUCAUACCACCAAAGCCAAAUGGAACAUGAGCGCCCCGCAUUCAGCGUGGAGGUUUGUCAUUGUUCCUCAGCCAACAUUCAAACCCGAUGCCAACAUGAGCACCCCUGAGAAGGAUGCCGUCUACUCUCCUCAAGGGGACCCGAGUUUUGACAACACUCUGGCAGCCAACACUACCCAAAGUGUAGAGGAAGAUCUUAGUGCCACUGUAACCCAAGGACCAUUCACAUAUAUCAUCAACGAGCCAGACAAAUGCGCAGACGGCAGACCCGCGCCAUUUCUGGUGUUGCUGAUAGCCACAGAGGCUCGGCAGGUGGAGGCAAGAAACGCCAUACGACAGACAUGGGGGAACGAGAGCGUGGCGCCGGAUGUGGGAUUCAUCCGUCUUUUUCUGCUGGGGAAAAAUUACGGAGAGCUGGGACUUCUACAGCAAAAGAUGCUGCAGGCAGAAAGCCGGAGGCAUCAUGAUAUCAUUCAGCAGGACUUUUUGGAUUCUUACAAAAACCUGACCUUCAAGACGUUAAUGGGAAUAAACUGGGUGGCAAUUCACUGCCCACAAGCCGGAUACGUUAUGAAGACGGACAGCGACAUGUUCGUCAACACGGAGAACCUUGUCUACAAGCUGCUCGGACCAGAACAGCAGCUCCGGAAGAACUACUUCACGGGCAAUAACAUGAGGAACUUUGCACCCAACCGGAACAAAAACAGCAAGUGGUACAUGCCGCCUGAGUUGUACCCGGGCGACAAGUAUCCCACCUUCUGCUCUGGUACCGGUUACGUCUUUUCCGGAGACUUGGCCAUGAAAAUCUAUCGCACUUCGCUAAGAAUUCGCCACCUGCAUCUGGAGGAUGUGUAUGUCGGAGUGUGUCUGGCCAAGCUCCGGAUUGAGCCCACUCCGCCGCCCAAUGAGUUCCUGUUUAACCACUGGCGUGUUUCUUACUCAAGCUGCAAGUACAGUCAUCUCAUAACAUCACAUGGGUUCCAUCCGAAUGAACUGCUGAAAUACUGGCAUCACUUGCAGAGCAACAAACGCAAUGCUUGCAUCAACAUAUCGAGAGCAGGGAGGACACACUCCAACAGAAUGAACAGAGAGAGACCGGCUCAAUAACAGAAAAUAUCAUUAAACACUCUUUGUUUGAAUACAAUAAUGAUAUCUCAGCUUACUCUGUUCUUACUUUGACAUCAAGCACACAAACCAUAUGGUGACUUCCAGCUUCUGUAUAUGUCGUGUAAAAACUCAAGUGUUCUAAAAUGUUAGCAAUUUUGUACAAAAGACAAAAUGUUUAUAUGUCAAACCACUGGAGGGUUUAAGUACACAGGUAUAUUUUAAAAUAAUCUGUGUCACUGUGGUGCAAGCCUACUGUUUUGCAAUAAUGUUUGUGUUUUAUAGAUGCUUCCUUAUAGAUAGAGGCUGUUCAAAAAGUAGAGUGGACAUGGCACAAUGCAAAUAAACCAUUCCCCCUGUGCA